AUGGCUCGCAAAGACGAUGUCUCAUACUAUACCUCCGAUCGCCUCAUCUCCAGGAUCCAACGAACGCAUUUCCGGGUCCCUGUGCGCUCACAACAUUGGCAGUUGCGUUCCCUCAUAAGCGCUGAAAACAACGACAACCUCUUUUAUCCCGGUGGAGUUGGGAGCCGCCAAAUCCAGCGACUCAACACCAUAGCUCGCAGCUGCGAAACGAUCAAGCACCUUACAUUUGCACCACGGUGUCUGGUCGCCGAAAAUGGAUGGCUGUGCUGCGGAAGCGAGACGGGCGAGUUUGUGGCUAUAAGGCUUGAAGGAGAAGGAGGUCGUGCCGUCGAAAACCCCCAGGACACAUCUGCUGGCUCGGAUUCUGAUGCCGGGCCUUCCCUGGGCAAUGAGGGCUCCACGACCUCGCCCGAGGAAGCUGCACUCAAUAUGCUCACAGCGGCCGCUCAACAGUCAGCCAAGGUGACCGCAAAGAGCAUGAAGCUUGCUACGGAGCGGGUCAAUUGCAUCACCCUUUGGUUUCCGCCCCCCAGUGGGCAAGGUUUGCCCAUUGACGGCCGUGCUUACACGGAACCUGUAGCAGUCCUGGCCAACAACGAUCGAACCGUGACGCUUGUCAGCCUAGCUGACUUUGAGCAAAAGGAGCAAGCUGAACCCCUGGACGUUGUCCACUACCCCGACUUUGUCAACAGGGCCAUCAUCUCACCUGAUGGGCGACUCUUGGUCGCCAUCUUGGAUGACCCGUAUCUAUACGUUCACCAGCGAGUUGGCGACUUCCCGGGCGAGUGGGAGCUCAAGCAGAGGAUCCUGCUCAAGAGCCAGAAUAAAGAAGACAAGACGGAUAGCCGUGGAAGCUUUGCAGCGUCCUUUUCUACGUCUGGUGGCUACCUUGCCAUUGGAACUCAGCACGGUACCAUUUCGAUAUUCAACGCGACGCAGUUGACAGACGAGACGGUUGACUCGCUCAUCACCACGUUCCAGUCUUCCCGUCCCAACAGCGGACCAGGAGCUAUUCGAGACAUGGCUUUCUGCCCAGGACCGUAUGACCUCUUGGCAUGGACUGAGGAUCGUGGUCGCGUUGGUAUCGCCGACGUGAGACACAACUUCAUGGUUCGGCAGAUCAUUGAUCUCAACAAAGAAUCGGAGUAUGAGCAUAUCAAUAUAUUUGACACUCACACCCACACCAUUGAUCCCCGACUGCUGGAAACUCGCAUGACGAGGGGGGAGCCCUCGAACCCUCCUAUUUCCGCAGCCAAUUUCUUCAGUGCCCAAAUGCUGCACCAGCCACUGACAUCAGCUGAGACGAGAGUUCUUGAAGCCAUCCAGAGCGAACGUCGGCGCCGGGAGAGGCCGAACGCUCAACCUGGCGACGAACGAGGCAAUGGAGGGCUUGCGGCCUCAAUGGGCUGGAUAGGAGGAACCGGAGCCACACCCACGGCAACAUCUUCCUUCACUACCCGAGCCCGUCAGAACACCACCCAGACUCCCAACGACCUGAUCAAUAUCUACAGAGAACAUCGAGAACGGGCUCAAGAGCGUGUGCGCAAUGCCCGCCAGCUUAUGCGUGAAACUAGCCAAGGCGGAGGUGGCAGGGCCGAGCAGCGGUGGAUCGAUCGUAUCAACGAGACCAUGGCUGCCCUGCGAGACCAGCGCGACAGGCAAGAUUCAUCAUAUCUUUCUGUCCUCGAGAUUCUUCAGUCUCGGGAACGACUCACGGCAGACGCCACUAUGACUGAUGAGCGUACGCUUCUUACACCUGCUGUCAAUCAAGUGGCCAGCCGCUAUGAGGAGAGCGCCGUACGAGGGACACUGGCACCGGACCACGGUGUCUUUGAAGUUCCCCCCUCACCAGACAAUACAUCCGGGCUAUCUUGGAGCCAGGACGGCACCGUGCUUUUCAUUGGUGCUCAGAAUGGCAUCUACCAGCUACGCGUUGAUCUCUCUGCCAGGCAGUUUUAUAACAGUAUAACACUGCACUAAAAUAGCAUCCUCCUCUACCAAGGGAAGCCAAGGAGAGAUGAGCCCACCGAAAAGAGUUCUAUAUUGUCACGGAAUAAUGCAUUUUGCAAACAUAACAGGGAUGGAUGGCGUUGGCACUUGAGGCUUUCAGUGUCUAGGCGCAUCAAAGUUGCCCAAUUUGGACAACCUAGGGAAAAAGUUAUCAGGACCCUCUUUGCGCCUCUGUGCUUUUUUUUAUUCUGCUUUACUUGGCUUUGGUUUCUGAAACUUCCUCGUUG